GGACAGCGCCACAUUUGAAUCCGGAGAUUAGUGAUGUCAAACUUCAGUCUGCGAAUCAAGGCUCCUCGAGGGGAGAAGACAGUUUCUGUCCCUAGUUCAUGUUCAGUUAAAGAACUUCGCGAUGAAGCAUCCAAAGCGUUCGAGACUCCAUCAGAGAGACUCAUUCUGAUUUUCGGUGGCAAGAUUCUUAAGGAUGAAGAUACUAUUGAACAACUAAAAAUAAAAGAUGGAUUCAUUAUCCAUUUAGUGAUUUCGAAACAACAACAGCCCUCCCAAGUUAAUCCAACAGGAACUUCUUCAGUCGUAACAGAUGUGGGUGAUAGACCAAGAGAAAGUAGGAGUCCAAGUAAUCCAUCACAAACUGGUGCUAAUGGAGUGAACACUUUCGCUGGUAUGCAACAGGCUAUGCAGGCUCAAGUGAUGCAGAAUCCCGAACUUCUUCGCAACAUGCUGGACAGCCCUCUUGUUCAGUCUUUGAUGAGCAAUCCAGAGGUCAUUAGAAGUUUAUUUCAAGCGAAUCCUCAAAUGCGUGAUUUGAUUGAACGCAAUCCUGAGUUAGGACAUAUGCUUAACAAUCCAGAUCUUCUUCGACAGUCCAUGGAGAUAGCUCGCAACCCGGCUAUGAUGCAGGAAAUGGUUCGUAACUAUGACCGAGCAAUUUCCAAUUUGGAAUCGGUACCUGGAGGAAUGAAUCAUUUACAACGGAUAUUUCGGGAUAUCCAAGAACCAAUAAUGGAUGCAGCCUCAAGCAUUGGCUCCAGCUUAAGUGGUAAUCAAUCAAAUGGCAAUUCGGAGCAAAAUCCCUUCGCAAAUUUAGCAGGUGGUGUGCGACAAGGUGCUCCUGCCACUGAACCUAUGCCGAAUCCUUGGGCUCCAGCUACAAACAACGCAACCACAAAUAACAGUACUACAACAGCACCUAGUUCGGUGAAUUCAAAUCGUAACAGUGAUUUUGUGCAAACUAUGCUAAACCAACUAUCUUCUAGUCCUGAGUUGGUAUCGAAUGCUUUUCAGGUCCCAUACGUGCAAGCCAUGCUUGAAGCAAUGAGUGCAAACCCUUCAGUUAUGGAAAAUCUAAUUAUGAAUAAUCCAAUGAUUUCUAGCGUUAAUCCAAAUGUACGUGAUCAGAUGAGACAAAUGCUUCCACAAUUAGCUAACCAGAUCAAUCAACCAUCAUUCAUGAAUAUGUUAUCAAAUCCUCGUGCUCUCCAAGCUAUGAUGCAGAUCCAACAAGGACUUCAGACAUUGCAACAAGAAGCCCCAGGUGUCUUAACUAGUUUGGGUAUGUCUGCACCUCCAAUCGGUCCAGGUUCAGUUACAUCUGGUACAACCCCAGCUGGAGAAACCCCGGCAACAGUUUCAGCUCCUGGAGACAACUCUGACUCCACAACUGCGGAUCGUACCAGCGAUACUACAACCAACCCACCUAAUCAAGCUGAAUUGACCUCACUAUUAUCCAGUAUGCUAAAUAUGAUGUCUACCACUAAUAAUGGAUUGGGUGCCACAAACAAUGCUCCACCUGAACAACGAUAUCAAGCUGAACUUGAAAUUCUCGCUAAUAUGGGCUUUGUUAACCGGGAAGCUAAUUUGCAAGGUAAUUGUUAAGCAAUUUAUUUUAUAAGGCAUAAAAGUUCUGUCUUAUUACCCUUGGUGGUUAGGCAUUUAUAACCCGUUUAAUAUAUUGUAAUUUGUAAAUACUAGAUUUUCCUUAUCAUGGUUUAUAUAUACGUAUAUAGAUUCAUUUUGUAGUCUGAAAAUUACACUUGUUACUAUCUUAUUGUUCUGCUCAAAGUCAGUUGAGUGGAGCGUUAGUGAGACACUUUAACCAUUAAACUACAGGUUGAUUAAACUAAUCUGUGAAAAUUGAGUAAUACUAUCCAAUUGAGUUCAUAAAUCUGUCAUUUUCUUUGAUCAUGGCUUUCUGUUACCCUUUGUCGGUUGAUCAAGUUAUUUAUUAUUUAUCUAUUUAACCACAUAGAUAUUGGUAUGAAGAUGCACCCAAUACAUGUGCGCCGCACAAAUCUUAUUUGAUUUGUAUGAAAGCUGUGAUACUACCCAGGUGCCCGAACCGAAGCAGGCGGUUUUCUUAGGGGGCCACCCCCGGGGCCUUCGACGUAAAUAUCUAAUCCACAAGGCAGUGAAGCAUCGUAAGGAGAUGAAGCCGUUGACCAACGAUUGAUUCAUACGUCAUUUGUUCCCUCACGAUACUGGAGUCAGCCCAUGUGCACUAUUGGUUUGGAAUCAGGGUUUUCCGACUCCCUGAGAUGAACUUUCUGUGUCCACCAAACCAGUUAAAGCGCCGGGCAUUCACUUUUCGUCCUCUCAAUUUCAUAAACAACACCUGAAGGGCGAGAAUGCAGUGAGUAGGACUUCUCUGGCAGAGGCUAUAUUUGCGUGACCAUGUGAGAGAAUUUGGAGAGAGAAAGCUGACUCUCCCCACUCUCAGCCGUACCAGGGCAUACAUUCUUCAUACAUUUCACGAAAUCGUCUUAUAACCGAUGUAGUCAGUAUCUAUCCCUUUGUUUGACAAACAUAACAUAAUGAUUUCACAGUUAGUAUAAUUUCCAGUUGGAUAGUUGUUUGUUUCAUUUACCAUAGUUUACAAUUAACGUCGUAAAAACGUUUAGCUAUUUUUGUUUUUCAUUAACUGAAAAAUGUUUGGUUGGUAAACAUGCUUUUAAUUAACCAAUCUAUUUGUUCUUUUGUUUUUUUUUUUCUAUAGCAUUGAUUGCUACAUUCGGUGAUGUAAACGCAGCUAUUGACCGACUCCUUCAAUCAAAUCAGUCAAGAUAAUGCCCCAAGUUGUUCAUCCUAAAUAUCGACAAUUAUAUAGUACUUAUUUCAUUUCUAAAGAGGAUAUGCACUAAUCUUUGGGUCUUUUUUUCUUUUAAAAACAACAACAAACAAACAAAGGAGACUGUCAAUAUGUAUUUUUCAUCAGUUUAUAUUUUUUUGCUGUCACAGUUUUCAAAAAAAAAACUGUUGCAUUCUAUGUACUUGUGUGCUGCUAUUCAACAGUUUUGCUUUUUUAUUUUUAGACUUGUCAAAAUGCCUUUUCGUUCUCUCUCUCUCUCUCUCGUUUUUUUAUUCUUUUCUCCUUGCUUCUUAUUAGCACAGUUCGUAUAGUGUGUCCUGCAUACUUUCUCAUUCAUUUUUUUUAAUGAUUAAGUAUCAUACAUAUAAACUGCGCACAUUACAUUAAUUGAUUCUCUCUUUUAUUGUUUGUUUGUGUAUUUUUUGUUAUACCCCCCCCCUUCCAUUCCUCUUUCCCCUAGAAUUGUCUGUCUAAUAUGUUCCACCUUUUUUUUUUUGAAAAAAAUAAUAAAAAAAAGACAAUAUGUAAUUGUAUUUGUUUCUCUUUUUUCUCUUUUUUUCUUUUCUUUUUUUGUGAUUUGAUGUGUGUACUAACCUUGUAUUUUGACAUGGAUACAUAGUGAGAGAAAGUAAGAAAGCAAGAAAUGAAACAAGUAGAGAAUGUUUUCCAGGAAAAAAGUGUUUAUUCUCCCGAUGAUUCUUACACAUGGUCAAUUGUGUUAACUUCAUUUACAUAUAUGUGGACCAUUUUUAGUUAAAUAAGGAAAAAAAAUGGAUGUAAUCUAUAAUAUCAAAACAAAAAUAUAUGCAUAUAUAUAUAUACAU